AUGUCCCAGACAAGGUACUUUUCCACUCGCGGCGGUAGCGAGACCCUCUCGUUCGACGAGGCCGUGCUCAUGGGCCUUGCCCCCAACGGCGGUCUCUACAUCCCCACCGAGAUCCCCUCGCUCCCGGCCAACUGGGAGACUGAGUGGGCCAACCUCUCGUUCCCCGAGCUCUCGCUCGCUGUCCUCUCGCUCUUUGUCCCGACCGACUCGAUCCCCACUGCCGACCUGAAGGACAUCAUCGACCGCUCGUACGCUACUUUCCGUUCGGAGGAGGUCACUCCCCUCCGCCAGACUGCUGCCAACGAGUAUGUCCUCGAGCUCUGGCACGGUCCUACCUGGGCCUUCAAGGACGUCGCCCUCCAGUUUGUCGGCAACGUCUUUGCCUACCUCCUUGAGCGCGCCAACAAGGGCAAGAGCGAGGAGGAGCACGAGCACCUGACGGUUCUUGGCGCUACUUCGGGUGACACUGGCUCUGCCGCCAUCUACGGUCUCCGCUCCAAGCCCUCGAUCACCAUCUUCAUCCUGUACCCCGAUGGCCGUGUCUCGCCCAUCCAGGAGGCCCAGAUGGCCACUGUCCCCGACGCCAACGUCUACUGCGUCUCGGUCGAGGACUCUGACUUUGACACUUGCCAGGCCAUUGUCAAGAACUGCUUUGGCGACCGCGAGUUCAACGACGCCCACCGUCUCGGCGCCGUCAACUCGAUCAACUGGGCCCGUAUCCUCGCCCAGAUCGUCUACUACUUCCAGGCCUACUUCCUCCUCCCCAAGGAGGCCCGCAAGGACAUCAACUUUGUCGUCCCCACCGGCAACUUUGGUGACAUUCUCGCCGGCUGGUUCGCCAAGCGUCUCGGCCUCCCCGUCCAGCGCCUCACCGUCGCUACCAACGAGAACGACAUUCUCGCUCGCUUCUUCGCUACCGGCCGCUACGAGCGCGACCCCACCACCGACGGCGGCGUCAAGGCCACGUACUCGCCUGCGAUGGACAUUCUCCUCUCGUCCAACUUUGAGCGUCUGCUCUGGUACCUCGCCCACGACGCGCAGGACGCCGCCACCGCCGCCCUUCCCGAGCAGCAACGCCGUGCCGCCGCCCAGGCCACCCUCAACGGCUGGAUGGACGACCUCAAGAAGAACGGCAAGGCCGACAUGGGCACCGCCGUCCGCGACAUUGCCAGCAAGGAGUUUGGCGCCGAGCGCGUCUCGGACCAGGAGACUCUUGACGAGAUCAAGAAGUACUACUCGGCCCCGGCGCCUUACGGCCCCUACGUUGUCGACCCGCACACUGCCGUCGGCCUCGCCACGCAGGAGCGCGUCGCCAAGGCCAACCCCUCGGCGACGUACGUCACCCUGUCGACCGCGCACCCGGCCAAGUUUUCUGAGGCCGUCGAGCUCGCGCUCACCAAGGAGGCCUUCCCGGCCUUCAACUUUGCCAAGGACGUGCUUCCCGAGCAGCUCGCCCAGCUCGAGGGCAUGAAGCGCCGCGUGUACAAGGUCAAGGGCGAGGAGGGCGUGCGUGCCCUUGUGGAGGCGGUCAAGCGCGGCGAGAAGCCCACCCCUUCUGCUUGA